GUACGAGAGUUCGUACGAGGGUGUCGGCAGCAUGUGUGGAGCAGCUGGGUGACACUCAGCGUCCAGGACACACACAGGCAGCAUGUUGCUCCAGGGGAUCCUCACUAGGCCUCUCAGGUGUAAUUUGAAACAUUUAACACGUCAGCUCUCACCAACACUGUGUAGGCACUUGUCUGCAGCCUCCAGCCAUGAGCCUGAGUAUGAUAUUGUGGUGGUGGGUGGGGGCAUCAUAGGUAUGGCCACUGCUCGAGAGCUGGCACUCAGGCAUCCAGACCUCAAACUUGGCGUUGUAGAGAAGGAGAAUCGGCUUGCAUUCCAUCAAAGUGGCCACAACAGUGGGGUAAUACAUGCUGGAAUCUACUAUAAACCUGGCUCCCUCAAGGCUAAACUGUGUGUUGAGGGCCUCCAGCUUACUUAUGAGUACCUGGAUAAAGAAGGUAUACCAUAUAAGAAAUGUGGGAAGCUGAUUGUGGCAGUAAAUGAUAAAGAAGUUGGAAGACUGAUGGAUCUGUUUGACCGGGCCAUUCAUAAUGGUGUACCAGAUGUUGAAGUCAUAGAGGGCAAUGAAAUAAAGAAGUAUGAGCCCUACUGUCACGGUGUAAAGGCAAUCUGGUCUCCACACACUGGCAUCGUUGAUUGGGGGUUAGUGACUGAGCAUUAUGGUAAAAACUUCCGUGAUUCUGGGGGGAGCAUUCAUCUUGACUUCAAAGUCACAGACUUCCAGCUCAUGGAAGGCAGUGGAAAUGGCAAAGAAAAAGAUGCAGAGUAUCCUGUUCGGGUCAUCAGUAACGGAAAAGUUGUUCGUUGCAAAUAUGUGUUGACUUGUGGUGGCUUACAGUCAGACAAGUUGGCAAAGUUGUCAGGAUGCUCUGAGGACCCUCGGAUUGUACCCUUCAGAGGAGAGUACCUUCUUUUGAAGAAAGAAAAAGCUCACCUUGUUAGAGGUAAUAUAUAUCCUGUACCAGAUCCUCGAUUUCCAUUCUUGGGUGUGCACUUCACUCCAAGGAUGAAUGGUGACAUAUGGUUAGGCCCAAAUGCAAUUUUUGCACUCAAACGAGAAGGAUAUAGAUGGCGUGACAUUGAUAUGCAGGAAUUAUGGGAAGCUGUCACCUAUCGUGGCUUUCAGAAGUUGGCAUUGCAGUUUAUAGGAUUUGGGUUCAAGGAAGUAAUGCGAUCAGCUUUUCCUGUGCUGCAGGUCGCAACACUACGUAAGUACAUCCCAGAAAUUAGAGCAUCUGAUAUCAGACGUGGCCCAACUGGUGUGCGAGCCCAAGCCAUGAAUGUUGAUGGAUCAUUAGAGGAAGACUUUGUUUUUCAUAGAGAAGCAGGAUCAGUAUUAGGAUCUCGUAUUCUCCAUUGCCGAAAUGCUCCGUCUCCAGGUGCUACAUCCUCACUCUCUAUUGCUAAGAUGAUAGCUGACAAAUGUAAAACUGAAUUUUUGCUUUGAAAAGACUGUUAAUUUUUUUAGGUUUGUAAUUUUUAAUUGAAUGUUACAAUGUGACAGAUUCUUUCUCGCUGCAUUUAUGGUAUUUAGAAAUUUUAUAAUUCUGUUUACAAUACAGUAUAUAUAAAUUGAAUGUACAGUACAUUAUACAGUAAUUCACGUACUUCACUGAAAAUCGUCUUGGGUUUAUGCAAAUUGAAGAAAGUUGCCCUUCUUUUUAACAGUAAUUCCGUUUAAUGAAAAACUCACUGAAUUGUACCAGUGACACUUUAAAAUGCAGAAACUUUUGUUUAAGUUUUCACCCUGUUUCUAGCCCUUGUGGCUUAGCGCUUUUUGAUUAUAAUAAUAAUAAUUCACCCUGUUUCUUUUCUGCAGCUGUUCCAACUGCAUAUGCUGCUGUUAGCCAGACAGUUUGCUUUGAAUGAUUUUACAUACUGUGUAGAGUAAAACAUCAUUAUGUAACACAACUGGUUAGGGCCAAGGGCAAACCUCUAUGACUUAUUGUAUCAUAAGCAUAAUGGAGAAGGUCUGCAUUACUCUAUUCCCCCCCGUCCCUUCAAAAACAAAAAUACACAAAAACGUGUACAAUACUUUUUUUUUAACACAUCGGCCAUUUGCCACCAAGGCAGGGUGACCCAUAAAGAAAGAAAAAUACUUUCAUCAUCAUUCAACACCUUCACUCAUAUAUAAUCACUGUCUUUGCAGAGGCACUCAGAUACGACAGUUUGGAUGUCCCUCCAAACUGCCAGUAUCCCAAACCCCUCCUGCAAUACUUACCAUCAUGAUUCAAUAUAUACCACUAUAGAAGACAUGAAAGAGCAAGGGGCAAGUAAUGCCUUCUAUAUACAUUACUAAAGUUAAAAAGAGAAAAUUUAGUUUUUCUUUUUGGGCCACCCUGCUCAGGUGGGAUACAGCUGGUGCAUUGAAAGGAGUAGGACAAGGCAUAAAAAUGUUAAAUUACAGCAUAAUGUAUAAUCCACCAUGCUAGCCUAAAAAUGUACAUAGUACUUUUUCUUCUAUUUGUUUUAAUACAGUUUUUUAUAUUUAAGCUUCAUAUGGGAUAGAAAAAAUUGUGGUUACUGCAUAUUCAUUAUAAAAUUGCACAGUAAAGCAAGAAACAAUUUUUUCUUUUUUUUUUCUUUACUAUAUUGGUCAGAUCCCACAGAUAGGGUGACCUAAACAAAGAUAUGUAUUCUUUCAUUCAUUCAAUAGCUUUCUUACCAGAGGUGCAUAUCUAUCACAAUUCAAAUGAUUUUAAACUGCAACUUCCCUGGCCAUCCUUCAGUGUGCAAAAACUGUAUUUCUGUUUUGGCAUUCUCCACAGGUGUCAUUGACAAACAAACACACUCAACACUACCUUUCUAUUGUUUCACUUUCCUUGUUCUUCCUUGCUGUUAAUCACCAGCAUGUACAAAAAUUUUAGAAUUACAUCCUAAGUAGGCAUAUUUCUGUUACAUUGAAAUUCCAUGUAAAUAUAGAAAAUAAAAUUUUUUCUAGCCUUUAGCAAUUGUAACUGUUCAGCAUUUCAGUUCUUCACCCUUUCUUUAUUAUGUUUCUUACUAGUCAGCAUUUUGGAGGCAGAGCUGUAUGACCCUUAUGGGUUUAGCACUUUUUUUUUUCUCAAGUUGGCCAUCUCCCACCUAGGCAGGGUGACUCAAAAAGAAAGAAAAUCCCUAAAACGAAAAUACUUUCAUUAUCAUUCAACACUUUCACCUCACUCAUACAUAAUCACUGUUAAAUAACAAAAAAAGGCACAAUACCGUGACUGUAACGAUACACAAAUAACCCGCACAUAAAAGAGAAGCUUACGACGACGUUUCGGUUCGACUUGGACCAUUUACAAAGUCACACUAACCAGAAGUGGAGCAGGAUGGCUAUAUAUAGGCAGGAAGAGGUAGUGGUAGUAGUAGUAGUAGUACAAGAAUGGUAUAUAAUACCGACAAGAUGAAAUUAAGACACAUGCGCAACACCCGGGCAUCUCUAUCGUAGACGCUUCGCCAUCCAGCCAGCCACUGUUUUUGCAGAGGCACCCAGACACAACAGCUUAGAAGUAUAUACUAUAAAGAUACAAUAUAAAAAGUGACCUGAAAUAAUCUAAUAAACUCCAUAUAGAAUAUAAUAUCAGGGCCCCAAUUGUAUAUAUAUACCUUCCUGUUACACAUCUCUCCAAGCUGCCAAUAUCCCAAACCCCUCCUUUAAAGUGCAGGCAUUGUACUUCCCAUUUCCAGAACUCAGAUCCGGCUAUAUAAAAAUAACCGGUUUCCCUGAAUCUCUUCACUAAAUAUUACCCUGCUCACACUCCAAGAGCUCAUCAGGUCUCAAAAACCAUUUGUCUCCAUUCACUCCUAACACACUCGUGCACGCUUGCUGGAAGUCCAAGCCUCUUGCCCACAAAACCUCCUUUACCCCCUCCCUCCAACCUUUUCAAGGACGACCCCUACCCCACCUUCCUUCCCCUACAGAUUUAUACGUUCUCCAUGUCACUAUUUUGAUCCAUUAGCACUUAAAUGGUUAUAUCAUUAUCACUCACCAGCUGCAGACCUCAAGACCCAAUGAAGUGUAUGAUCUGUUGCAAGUUAAAAAUGAUUGAUCUGAAAGUGGCCUCAACAUCUUGUGUGGCCACAACAUUCUCUUGUGGAAUCUGUAUGCAUUGGACAUCAUAUAGUGCCUGCUGCAUGGCUCUUCACUCAGAGAGAAAUUGAUGGGUUUGAAAAAAUGAAAGUCCAACUAUUUUCUCACUAAUGUUUCACAAGUGGCUGUAAUACUUCGAUAUGCUAUUGUUAACUUCAUAGUGUAAAAAUUGUGUGCUAUAUAUUAGGACAGAAAUCUACAUCUGGAUAAUCAUUGGCAAUGCCGAAUUAAAGGAUAUCGUUUUU